UUGUUUGUUGAUUUGUGUUGUGAUUUCGUGAUUAUUAUUUAUUUUCAUUGAAUUUAAUGUUAUGUUUCUAUCUGUAGUUAUUAAACUUAAUUAAAGGAUAAUUUAUUAAUGUUAAGAUCUAGAACUGAGUGAAUUAUGGGUGAUGUGUUAGUUAAAAACUGAGAUUUCGUUACUCAGAAGUAAAAAUGAAUGAAUUGCCAAUGUGCUGUUGUUGUUACGAACACGUUUGUGCCAAGAGUCUGUGGUGUGAGUACCUGUGGAUGGGCAGGCCUGAGGUCUACGGAGACAUGUUGAGAGACUGCUUCAAUAUCAGCUGGGCACAGACCAAUACCAGCAACUAUCAGAUCUGUGAGAUUUGCAUCACACAACUCAGGAAUGCAGCCAACUUCAAGCAGAAGGUGUUGGACAGUCAAACACGACUGAGGAUGCAGCUCUUAGAUGUUGCGCAGCCAUUGAAGGUAGAGAAGAUAGAGAUUGAAGUACAAAGUAUAACAGAGGCACCAGAUUUAGAUGCACCAGAGGACAAUGUUGGGGAUCACAAUGACCAGUGUGGUGAUAUAUGGAAUGGUGGUGGCGAUACGAGCAGUAAUGGCAUCAAAAGAAAAAAGUUAAAGAAGACCAGAGACAACAGUGACGCGAAGGCAUCAAACUACAUUAACCACAGGCGGAAUGUCGGCCUCAUACUCGAACACUCUACCAUCCUUCCGUUCAAGUCCUGCAAGGGAUACUUCAACUGCUUCUACUGCAAGAAGCAGUACGCGAGCUUCGAUCAACUCAAGUCCCACGUCAACGAGCUACACGACAAUAUCAGCUUCAAAUCUAUCUUGAAAAGUAUAUACAGGCCUCGCGACCGCAUCCGAGCCGACGUCAGCGACAUAAACUGUAGACUCUGUAAAAAAAACAUAGACACCAUAGACAACUUAAUACGACAUCUGACAGAUACGCAUAAUGUCAAAUUCAAUUUUGACAGUGACAGCGUCAAGCCCGCGGAUUGUAUUCUCGGCUACGAUCUGAGUGACGGCAAGUAUCGAUGUAAUCAAUGCAAGGCGGAGUUUUUCUUUUUCAAAACUCUAACUAAUCACAUGAAUGAACACAGCACGGACCAUGUAUGUGAUGUUUGCGGCCGAUGCUUCCUUCUAGCCGACCGCUUAAGAGCCCACGUACGAAUACACAAGGAAAGCGCGGUCAAAUGCGACUACUGCGGCAAAAUAUGCAACUCCAAAAUGCUUUUACGAAGCCACAUUAGGUCUAAACAUAAAAAACUACUCUUCAUGUGUUCUAUAUGCAACAAAACGUUCCCAAGUAGUCGGAAACGCGUCGAGCAUUUGGAAGAAGUGCAUAAAAGGAAGCCUUUGAACCUAACUUGUAAGAUUUGUUUGAAGAAAUUCGACUAUCAUACUUUGUAUUCCCAUAUGAGAUCGGAGCAUUUGCACGUGAAUAGAGAGCCUCGGUACGCGUGCGCGGUUUGUGGAACCAUGUUUAGGACCAAAGACGGUCUCACAAAUCACAUGGUGGUUCAUUCCGGCGAGAAAAACUACGAAUGUGAGAUCUGCCACAAGAAAUACGCGCGGCGGAAAACUUUGACACAACAUUUGAGGAUUCACAUGAAUGAUAGGAGGUUCGCGUGUGGUGCGUGCGCGCAGGCGUUCGUACAAAAGUGUAGUUUGAAGAACCAUAUCCGUGUUCAUCAUAGUAAUAUGGACUAUGAACAGUUGAUUAUUGAUAAAAAGUUUAAUGCAAAUAAAAGUUGAAUUAAGA